CAAAGUUAGGGAAUUUUGCCAAGUUUAUUGAUGUAUAAAGAAAUGUACAUUCGGACGAUAUCUCAGUGACCAUGGAGAAAAUUAAUGCAGCGAAAGUAAAGAAAGCUACAGAUUUCCUUGAGAAAUGGAAGAAAUUUCAAGAUGAAAAAGGUCAAAGGAGAGUAUCAUUGGCAACCAAACCCUCAUCUCAAGAUGGAAAUGAGCUUAAAAAGAAAGCAGGGAAGAAGGUUGUCACUUCACGAUACCUAAGUAACAAAACAGAGCCCAAUGUACCGAAGCAGACAACAGCCCAGACCAAACCAAGCAAUCCACAGAAGAGGAUAUCCAUCUUACCACAGCCGCGACCUAACGGAACACCCAUGAGCAUCAGAUUGGAACGAUGGAGAAAGCAGAAACACAGCCAAAAGGAAAAUAUCUUAACAGCUAGUAGUGCAAGAAAAAAGACACAGACACCAUUCAAAACAAACAAGAAAUAUACACAUGUGAAAUCAAAGAUAAUGACUGCAAGUACACAGAAACAUGUUGAAAAACAAAAUACAGACCAAACAGAUUCUGUGAAAAAAAUGUUGACAUCUACCACGAAACACAACAAGACAUACAAAAUCCCAGGGGCAAAGUCCAAUGCAUCGAAAACAACCUCCUCCCAGAUCAGGAAAAACCAUUCUACACCAGCUGUGAUUAAUAAGAAAAGCAAUGGCCAAGGACCUUCAGUGCAGCAUAAAUCAAAUCGUUUUCAGUUUAAGGUUAGUGAAGCAAAAAACAACAGAAGACAUUCAGACAGCCAAUCGCGAAAUACCAAAGCUACGCGGAGCAUUCUGAAGAGGAAGUCAUGUCUUCCCAGUUUGUCUGAUGAAAUGAUGCUGCCAGAGUCCGAGGCACUGAAAAUGCCAGGUCAUAAUGUCAGAUUUAUCUCCCCUAUCCUACCCCACCCCGAGCACCAGUCAUUCAGGAAAACCCCGAACCGGCUUGUUCACAGAUCCAUGAGGUCUGAGCUGGAAGAAUGGCUUAAGAAGAGAGGUAAAACCCCCAGUGGUUUCAGACAUCUGCGGUGCUUCGACGCCACAUUAUCAGCCAAGAAGAAGUCAAGCAACCCAGCAUGUAACACAGAAAAGGAGAGUGAGAAUGUUUCCAAGCCUCUCCGGUCAUCAGUUGUACUUAACCUGGAAGACCAGUUUUGUGUGGAGGAUUCGAUGAAUGCUGAGGAUCCGGCUGAGGAGGACCUGGACUCCAUGCUGGAGGAGUGCUCUACCCUGUACGAAGCCGGUUGUCCCCUUGAGGAUACAAUGAAAUGGCUGGAUUCAAUUGAAGAGAAUAUCGGCAUAGCAAAAACAUCUGCCAGGUUUUACAUCUGUAAAGCCAGAAUUCUGAAGUCUACCAAUGACCUUGAGGAAGUCCUUCAUGUGUUUGAGAAAGCAGUCAAGAACUGUGCUCAGCCUGCUGAUGAAUUAGCAAUGUCCUUGACCCAGAUAAUCACAGAAAUCAGUCUAGAGCGGGAGAGAAAAGCUCGAUUAAAGAGUGCACUAACCAAGGAAGUAGAGGACGGAAAUGUAUUUGACUCGAGUGCAAUUAAGUACUGUGUGAGACAGCUCACCCCACAUAAAAACAGAAAAAGGCUAUCUAGUGCCCACAUUGACCUUCAACCUUCACCCUCUAAGGUGGUGACCCCAGUUCGUAGGUCGACUCGUCACAGUCUGAGCGGUCUACCAGAACAACUCCAGGACCGGACUCCAGUCUACAGGGCGCUGGAGGACAUCCCCUCCCCUGACAGGAAAAGUACUCUGUUCCUGUCCAACCCCGCACUGGGAUACCUCUUGGAUGAGGAAGGGGCCUUGUGAACUGUUGUUGUUAUAAACCUGUGUUUUUACUGCACGGAGAAAUAUUACCUUGAAGCUUUGUAUCUCUCAUUGCUACAUGUAUUGUGGAUUCAUAAAUUAUGAGGAGAGUUUUUUUAUACUCACAAUAUUUAUAAAUAAUAUGGUAUGGUAUGCCCCCUAAAUCAUUUAUCUAUGUGAAAACAAUAUUCUGACUGAAAUUCAUGCUUUCUUCUUAUUUUGAACUUUGUUUUUUAUAUAUUUUUUUUU